AUGCAAAGGGGGGGGGCUCUCAGCAGUCCCCCCUCGCCCCAGGCAGCGAGGCGUUUAGUGGCGUCGGGCUGGAGGGGCCCCCGGGGGCCGAGCUUGGCCCCUGCAGCAGAGAGCUGGGGGGUGAUACCCCACUGCACCCCCAGGCUUGUCGGCACGGUAACAGACUUUGUGCAGCUCCCCCCAAUCUCCGUUAAUGUCCCUGUUUCUGUCACUUCCUCUUUGCAGAUUGAGUUUAGCAAGGACCAGCUGGAGGAUUACAAGGAGGCUUUCCAGCUCUUCGACCGGGUCGGGGACGGCAAGAUUCAGCUAAGCCAGUGCGGGGAUGUGCUGCGGGCCCUGGGCCAGAACCCCACCAACGCCGAGGUCAUGAAGGUGCUGGGCCACCCCAAGCCCGAUGAGCUGAACUCCAGGCGGGUGGAGUUCGAGCAGUUCCUGCCCAUGCUGCAGACCAUCGCCAAGAACAAGGACCAGGGCACCUUCGAGGACUAUGUGGAGGGGCUGCGGGUCUUCGACAAGGAGGGGAACGGCACCGUCAUGGGGGCCGAGCUGCGUCAUGUGCUCUCCACGCUGGGCGAGAAGCUGACGGAGGAGGAGGUGGACGCCCUCCUGUCCGGGCACGAGGACUCCAACGGCUGCAUCAACUACGAAGCCUUCGUCAAGCACAUCCUGUCUGGCUGAGCGGGUGCCGUCGGGCCGGGCAGGAUGUGCCGAAGCAACUGAUGCCUCCUCAGCCCAUUGCUCUAUGGGGGGGGCCUGUUCCCUGACCCCUUUAUCUCUCUCUCUAACCUGCCCCCCACCACCCAGCGGCUGCUGCGAAGGACUUCUACCACUGCCCAAGGAGAGCCCAAGACCUCAGGACACCAGCGGCUGGGGAUCCAGCCAGGGGGGGAUGCAGGCUCCCCUGAGAGCAGUGGCCCAGCCCGGGGGUGCCCACCCAGCCGAGCCGCGGUCCCGAUCCUGGGCGGGAAGGGACCCGAUCCUCCUUGCGUUUGGACAAUAAAAGCCCUUUGUUUGCAGAA